AUGAGUAAGUAUGGGGAUUUGAGGGUUCAGGUUUCAACCACGUUGAUCAGCCUUGGAGCUGAGUUUCGAAAGCUGUUGGUGAUCGGAGAACAAGCAAAUGCUCCAGCAGCAGAUCAAAAUCUCAGUGCUCAUAUGCGGUCCUCAAGGUCGAUUUUGAGAAGAGAUUCUCAAUUGGUGCAUGUCAGCGUUAAGCACUUCACCAAAAGUCUGCAGUGUCACAUGGCUAAACCGGACGGUGCUUUCUAUGGUAUUGCUCCUCAGGGAAAUUGUUUGACGGUUAUAUUCCAAGUUUUCAUCGCCGGCACCCAUCAGACUGAUAAAUCAAUCAGCUAUCGUUGCAGGCUUCCUGAACUUGACACUGGUACUAGUUGA